CUGCAGAGGUGGCGCUCGAGGACGCGCUGCGAGCCGCGGGUCCCACGGCGCCCGCGCUACCCGAGGGCCUGCUGCAGCAGCUGAGGGCGGCGAUAAGCGACCCAGCACGCCUGCGAACAGAGGCAGCAGCGCAAGCCGUUAAUCAGAUCCUUGCCGUGGUCCCUGAAAGCUCUGCCCUCAUGGUGCAG